AUGUCACCCCUCUUGAGCGAUGCUCGCAUAGAUGAGCUCCCCGUCGACGAGCUGCUAUCGAAGCUGACAGUGGACGAAAAGGUGGCUCUUCUUGCGGGAAAGGACUUUUGGCACACGGCGCCGUUACCACAUCACGGGAUACCAUCCAUACGCGUUUCCGACGGACCGAACGGCGUGCGCGGCACGAGAAUCUUCGCGAGCGUUCCCUCGUCGUGCUUGCCAUGCGGGUCAGCAUUGGGCGCGACAUUCAAUCCGGAUUUGAUGGCGGAGCUUGGUCAUUUACAAGGUCAAGAGGCAAAGGCAAAGGGGGCUGUUUGCGUCCUUGGCCCUACACUCAACAUUCAGAGAGGUCCUCUAGGUGGCCGUGGCUUCGAGUCCUUCUCCGAAGACCCGCUGCUCUCUGGUAUUCUCUCAGGAUACUACACCAAGGGUCUCCAGGAGGAGAAUAUCGCAGCUACACUGAAGCAUUUUGUGUGCAAUGACAUGGAGCAUGAGCGCUUGGCCGUCAAUGUGAUUGUAACAGAACGUGCCAUGCGGGAGAUCUACCUCUUGCCCUUCAUGCUUGCUAUCAGCAUAGGAAAUCCCCGGGCUAUCAUGACGGCGUACAACAAAGUUAAUGGUACCCACGUCUCGGAGAACAAGGCAAUCUUGCAGAAGAUCCUUCGUGAGGAAUGGAAGUUUGCUGGCCUUGUCAUGAGCGAUUGGUUCGGUACCUAUAGUACAACAGAUUCUAUCCAUGCUGGGCUUGACCUGGAAAUGCCUGGCCCAACGCGAUGGAGAGGCUCGGCCCUAUCCCACGCUGUGAUGGCCAACAAGGUCACAGAAGAACAGCUUGAUGCUCGAGUGCGGAAUGUUCUUAAUCUCAUCAAUUACUCUCUUGCCUCAGGUGUUCCAGAGAACGCACCCGAGGAACGACUGAACCGCCCAGAAGAUCAAUCACUUUUGCGACGAGCGGCGUCGGAAUCUAUCGUUCUCCUCAAGAACAAGGAUAGCGUCUUGCCUUUUGCUAAGUCAAAGACAACUGCUGUUAUUGGCCCAAACGCAAAGGUUGCUCGCUACUGUGGAGGAGGCAGCGCGUCCCUUAUUCCAUACUACAGUGUUUCACCAUAUGAUGGUAUCGCAAAGAAAUGCGAAAGUGUAGCCUUUGCACAGGGUGCAACAGAUCAUCAGAUGCUUCCUCAGAUGGGCAAUGUGCUCAAGACGGAAGAUGGCCAGCCAGGCUUCACUUGGAGGGCCUAUAAUAAGCCAGCGUCAGCCAAGGACCGAGUUGCAUUGGAUGAGCGUGUUCUUGUCGAUGCAAAUUGCUUCUUCCUGGAUUAUGAGCAUCCAGAUUUGUCCCCGGUCUGGUACUCCCAGGCUGAAGGAAUAUUCACUCCUGACGAAAGCGGUCUCUAUGACUUUGGACUGGGAGUCGAAGGCACAGGCAAACUUUAUAUUGAUGAUGUAUUGUUGAUCAGCAAUGUCGAGAAUCAAACGCCUGGUGAGACACUCUUUGGCUCUGGUACCGUGGAAGAAAAGGGUAGUAUUGAAUUGGUGGCUGGUCAAGACUACAAAGUUCGCGUGGAAUGGGGCUGCUUCAAAACGAGCAAGCUACCACCUUGUGGACCUGUUGGUGGCCGACACGGAGGAUUGAGAUUUGGUGCAUGCAGACGAAUCGCCCCUGCCCAAGCUAUUGAAGAUGCUGUUCAAGUAGCCAAGUCUGUUGAUCAGAUUGUUCUUGUCGUUGGCUUAAAUGGUGAGCUAGAGUCUGAGGGAACAGAUCGAACCACCAUGGAGAUGACUGCGCAUACUAAUGCUCUUAUCUCCAACGUACUUACGGCAAACCCCAAUACUGCUGUAGUAGUCCAGUCAGGCACACCGGUUGGUAUGCCUUGGAUUGACAACGCUAAAGCAGUUUGCCAUGCUUGGUAUGGUGGUAACGAGACAGGAAACGCCAUUGCAGAUGUGUUAUUUGGUGAUGUGAACCCAGCUGGCAAACUGCCGUUGACGAUACCUCGUCGUAUCCAAGACAACCCCACAUACUUCAACUUUCGUAGCGAGGCAGGACGCGUUCUGUACGGCGAAGACGUAUAUGUGGGAUACAGGUACUAUGAGAAGAUCGAUAGCAAGCCGCUCUAUGCUUUUGGCCACGGCCUAUCAUACACCAGCUUCUCGCUCCAGAAUUUGAGCGUACAUGUUGAUGAUAACGAUUGCAAGGUUGCACUUCUGGUGACCAACACAGGUUCUCGCGCUGGAGCCGAAGUCAUCCAAGUUUACGUUGCACCACCAUCGACAACCUCUAUUGCCCGACCCGUCAAGGAACUCAAGGCGUUCCGCAAGGUACAUCUUGAGGCUGGGGAAGAUAGACAGAUUACGAUUGAGAUGGAUGCAGUUCUUUCUACAAGCUACUGGCAUGAGGCUCGCGGCAAGUGGUGCAGCGAGAAGGGCGCGUAUAGCAUCCUGGUUGGUACGAGCAGUGCGGAUACGCCGCUACAGGCCUCGUUUGAGGUGAGCAAGACGAGAUAUUGGACUGGUCUGGUGCCUUGA